AUGAAUGCAAACGCUCCCUAUGCUUCACCAUUUAUCGUGCAGCAAGUUUGUUGCGCAUGCUUAGCAUUAUCAAUUGCAUAUAUGCAGUGGUAUUUUCGUGAUGCAUGCAACACGCAUAUUUUGCGGGCAGUUGUAAUCAUGAACGUUUGCCAAUUUGUACAAGAAAUAAUGUAUGCAUACAGUACAUAUAUGCUAAUUAUGAUUAUGAGACGGAAAAAUGAUGUGACAUACAAAUUUAGUUUAUUUGAUCAAGCUGAGGUUUUGCAUUUAUUAGUUGGCUCAUUUGUAAUUCAUGGCUUACGUCUUAUUACGUGUGCAUAUCCUGUAGCUGUUUUUGCAAAAAAAGCUUUUCUUGUUGAAUUUUUAUGUCGUAUUCGUUUUGCACCAAAUCGUACACGUGGCAUUAGCCUUGCGCAAGCUAAGCGAGCUGAUAAUGCUGAUAAAAGAAAAAGUAAUUUAUUGUUUUAUGUUGCUGUAGUAUUAUCAGUUUUAUGUAUUGCUACGGAUAUUACUUACUAUAUGUGCAAUGAUGCGAAACGAAUUGGUCAUACUGCAAUUUCACUAAUUUAUACAAUUUGCUUAUCAAUCAUUUAUUAUCAUUAUCGAAAAGAACGACGAACUAUGUUUCUAAAAAUUCUAGCUGUUUUAUCAAUUAUUAUCAUAAACUCAUCCAUUCAUACACUUUAUGUAUUUGUUGAAGCUAUGUUUACCGGUCGUUUAUAUUAUGUUUUGAAUAAAAGCAUUGGAAAUUUUGUAAUAAACGGUAGUUACUUUUUUCUAUCAUUGGGCUUAGCAGUUUUAUCAUUUAAAUCAAUCAUAUUUUGUUUUCAAACAAUAAUAACGCAUACACCGCUAUACACUCAACCAAUAGCUAUUAUGCGAUCACUUCGUUGGCUUAUUACUUUGGCUUAUGUUCUCAUUGCUGUUACUGCUUUAGAAAUACUUUUUACAAUGACUAUGUACAAAUUAUUUUCAACACGAAUUGAUUUCAUAUUGGGCACAGAAUUUUUCUUGUGGAUUAAUUCCAUUUCGACAUGCUUGUUGCAAAUUUGGGUUUGCAAACAUGAACGAUUUCAACGAUGUGUAAUUAUACUUAUCAUACAGUUGAUAUCGGAUUGUUCAACAAUAUUAUUACUGAUUAUGGUACAAGCAGGAAUUGUUCAAACUGUCAUUGCAAUGAUGACACGUCAUAGUAAAACUUUACAAUAUGCCAGCGCACGAAUAUUUUAUAUUGUGAUCGAUCAUAUAUUGCAAAUUAUUCAGUGGGCAUUGAAUAUAUGUUCACUUGGAAUAGCAUUAAUUGUAUUAGAUAAAAUGGAAACAGAAGAUGAAACUGAUAAUUCUGCAUUUGAUAAUGAAAAUUUUCAUGUUCCAAGCAUGCGUGAACUUUUAACAAUUGAACAAAAUAACUCUGAAACUAAUCGCGCACGUUGUAGUGUCUUUGAUAGAUCAGCUAAUAUUGAUUACAUCUGGGGUGAGAGUGAGAUAUCAUUUGAUGACGAUGAUAAUUUUGAUAAUAGACAAGAUACAAAUACAAAUGAACGCGAUAGUGAUAUGAUUGAUUGA